CCACGAUGCCUGCCGACGACGUGAGCGAUUUACGCGAUGUUGUGGACGCGAUCAACAAACUCUGCGACACUAUGAAGUCUUCGAAUUAUGAUGAUAUCAAAGAAAACCCCGAACCGACUGUCGAGACGCAGACGAUGCAAAGAUAUACAGAAAAUGAAACUCACGAUAAAGUUACGUUUAAACUUUGUCAUGUAAAGAAUUUAAGCAAUACAGGUAUCGACAUAAAUGUACCCGUACAUACUGUCGAGGCCUCUGAAAAAGACAACACUGAGAAAAUAGUUCUGGUAUCCGAAACCGAUGACCCUAAGAAAACAGUCGAGGGAUCCCGAAUAGGAAUCCCUGUGCAAACAGUCGAAACAUCCGCAAUAGAAAUCCCAGAUAAUGUUCUCGAAGCAUCUGAAGAAGUGGUACUUGAAAAAACUGUCGAAUCAUUCGUUGUAAGCAUCCCUGUACAAAUAGUCGAUGAAUACGAAAAUGAAGCAUACGAUCAGGUUGCUGAUGAUGUUUCAGAAACGGAACAGCUUGUGACUGUCUGUGAACCCAUGAGUGAAUACUACACAGCCUCCUCCGAAGUAUCUCUAGUGUCUGACGAUAUGUCGCAUUUGGCCAAAGAUAACUAUGCAGAAUCGUUGAUGUCCGAUGAAAUACCAGUCGGUAUGGAGGAAUCCGGGGACGGUAGGGACAGUGUGACAGCGGGCCACGUGGCAGCUAUGAGAGAGAAAUUUGAGAGCAUGACUCGAACGAACACCCCCUGCCCGGACCUGAUGAGGUCUGUGUCACCCUUCGAGCUGUUCAGAAAAACACCAUCUCCUGAUCAUUUGGAUAAGAUUAAUUAAUUGUUGUUUUUAUUGAAUUGUGCAUUUAUUUAAUAUUGGUAAUCGAAAUAGUUUCCCUUUUCACUCGUUGAUUACGCUAGAUAACUGCUAGAUACUCGCAAUAUUCCUAUUGAAAUGCCCAAUUAACAACCUAACCUUAAUUAUUAACCUUUACGUAAUAGUAGAUGUUACAUAUUAUAUUAUGAAAAAUUAGGUUUCAUUGAUUACUAAGUACCUAUAGGUAAUCUGUAAUAAAUAGACCCCAGACAAAGUAUCAACUGGUAUUCGAAAUGUUCAAUUAUGUGUUAUUUGUAUUUUUAUAGAUGAAGGUCACAACUAGUCGUCAUAUCCCAGAAUAGUCUUAGAGUACGUGAUGAUAACUAAAUUAUUAUGGCUACAUAUAUCAGUUGAACUAAAUAUUAGUACAAGAAUGAAUUUGAGACACUGUUCAAGCCACGUCUUUACCCUUACUAGUUUGGUGGUAAGCGAAAGAUAUUGUUAUGACCUAUAUCUAUUUACGUAUAUUAUCUAUUCGAUAAGGUGCAUAUUAAUGUAACUAUUUAAAUGGACAUAUCGUGAAUACAUUGUAGGUUUGUAAUUCGGGAAGCUGUUAAGGACAUAACAAAGU